GACCCAAAAAAAUAAGGUCUCUGUGAUGAUAAUGCCUCUGCACCCACCUCCUCCCAUUCACUGUCUCUCCCCUUCGCCUUCCCCUUCCCCUUCCCCUUCCUCCUACCUACUUGUUCUCACAAAAAACCAUGUGCUCACAAAAAACGAUGUUUGAUCCCAACCCCAAUUUGUCCCAACAAAAGCAUGUUCAUUUUCCAGACUUCUUAGGACAAAGUUUUGAUGCCUUAAACUUAGGUGUUGUCCGGACACAGAAGACAGUGCAGGGUUAUGGUAAUUAUAGGAGUUGGAAUGGUAGGGAAGGAAGAUUUGGGGAUGGAGAAGAUGAAUCUGGAGUCCGGACUCCUCCUUUAUGGCCUGGGAGUCCACCGCGGAAACCAAACCAUUACCGAUGCCUGUCACCGUCAUCAAAAGCUCAGGCGAUUGCUAGAGGUCAAAGGGAGCUCAUGGAGAUGGUGAGUAAAAUGCCCGAGUCGUGCUACGAGCUUUCCCUGAGGGAUCUAGUGGAGCAACCGAUGGUUGAGGCGAAACAAGAGAGUACUGCGGUCACUGAAGAUAAUUACAGGAGGGAAAAGGAGGAAAUGAAGAAGACGAAUGUAAAGAAGGCGCAAAUAACAAGAACUGGGAGUAUAGACAAUGGAGGCUUUCUUCUGAAGAUGGUUUUUCCAGUUUCUUUUGGUUCCAAGAAAAAGAAAAAGAAGAAUGAUUCCAAUUCUAAUUCUAAGUCCAAAGUAUCUCCGAGGCCAUCCGUCUCGGAUGCAUCUGUCAAGGCUGAGGACAAGGAGUGGUGGAAGAAGAGGUUUUCGGGGUCAAGUGAGAGUGAGAGUGGAGGAUCAAGUAUCCAUAGCAGAAGCACAAAGAGUAGCCGUAGCAGCAGUUGCAGUAGCAGCAGCAGCACUGCCAGCAGAAGGCAUGGGAUGGGCGGUUGCUGUUCUUUUAUCGGUAGCAGGAAGAGUAAUAUAUCAGAAUAAACAAGAAGCGUCUUUGAUGAAUAUUGCUGGAGUUCCAAUAUGUAAUUAGUUAUGUUCUAAUAAAAUUUAUGUAGACUUGAUACGAGUGAGCUUCAGAGCAAAAUAUAUAUGCAGUUCAAGCUUGUCUAUGAAAUAUAUAGAUAUUUUUUUGAUUGUUUUUCUUUAUUGUUGCCCUUUUUUUGUCAGAUCCUCAACAUAGGAUUAGGAACCUUGAUUUAGUCAAAAAUUUGAUGAUGUUGCUUUGUACUUCACCUGAAAGAUUUUCAGAAAUGUGCAAGAGGAAUUAAAAAACUUCAGAGAAGAACAGGGUGAGUUGAUGAAUAAAUUGUAAAUAGUAUA